UAAACGAAUUGGUUUUUCUUAUUAUAAGCAAGGAGGAAGGGGAUAGGCAGAGCAAGAGAGUAAGAAAGAGGGGGGCCCUUACUUAAAAGGAGAGGGAGAGAUAACUUUUAUAACUGCCUUUCUUUAUUUCUUCUUCUUUUUUUAGCGUAUAGAUUGACAAGUUGAGUCAGUCUACUGCAUACAAAUCCGAAUAAAUUGAAUGGCACAGCUUGAAACGAAUGAUCUUGUUCAGUUCAAUGGAAACCUUAGUGCAGAGGAUAUCAUUGAUACUUUGAGACAGCGGUAUUUAAGUGAUCUCGUGUAUACCAACAUCAGUCCUGUAGUGCUGGUAGCACUUAAUCCAUAUCACGACAAACAGCACAAUAAAUCAGACUUUAUUGCAGAAUAUAAAGACACGUCAAGUGCAAAAGCAAAUCAAUGGAGAAAUCCUCACUUGUACCAACUCUUAAAUCAUGCAUACCUUCAUAUGAGAAGAACAAGUAUCAACCAGUCGAUUCUAUUUAGUGGAGAGAGUGCAAGUGGAAAAUCAGAGCAGUAUAAGUUAUCUAUAGAUUAUUUGGUUGUCCUUGGUGCACAUAAAAAAUCAACGCGUACGCAAACCAAUGUCCUGCAUGCUCAAAACGUAAUUGAUGCAUUCAGUCAUGCAAAAACCACACACGAUAAUGCUUCUAGAGUUGCGCUUUUCACCGAACUUCAUUUCUCAGAACGAGGUCGAUUGGUGGGUGCUAAGUUUCUACCUUAUGCCCUUGAAAAAUCAAGGGUGACAAUGGCAGGCCAAGAUGAACGCAACUUCCAUGUCUUUUACAACAUGUUGGCAGGUGCUUCGCAAGAAGAAAAAAAUCAUCUAAGACUAUCUGAUUGGUCUACUUUUCGGUAUCUGUCAAGGACAUCAACAUCUAGAGCAACUUCAUUGGAUGACUUGACUUCAGAUAUGCAGCUUCGUACAGCACUUAAAUCCAUCUUGUUCGAAAAGCAUCGAGUGGGUCAAGUAUAUCAAGUAUUAGCAGCCAUUCUACAUCUAGGUAACAUUCAAUUUGCAGAAGAUCCCAACAAUGCUCAAGAUGCAGCCAUUGUAAGAAACACAGAUGUAUUGGCUACAGCCGCUGAAUUGCUUGGAGUUGAUCCAUAUGCGCUCUCAAGUGCACUUACUUUUAAAAGCAAACUUGUGAAAAGAGAUAUUACAACAUUAUUUUUAAACCCUGAGCAAGCAGAUAGGCAGAGAGAUGAUUUGGCACAGUCCCUUUAUUGUCUCUUGUUUACUUGGCUUGUAGAACAAAUCAAUGAACGACUGGCUCCUCGAAAUGCGCAUAGUUUUAUUGGCUUAUUGGAUAUCCCAGGCUGGACGACGUCAAGACCAACGAUUGGCGGAUUUGAUCAACUUACAUUUAACUAUAUUCAAGAGACAUGGUACAAAUUUCAUUCUGCUAAUCUAUUCGAUCGUGACAGACAAGAGCAUGAAGAACAAGGCGUUCCAGUUGAGUCUAUAUUGUACAGCACAGUCCACGAUUUAUUUGUGCAUCCUUCAAAAGGCCUCUGGUCUAUCAUGAACACACAAGCUUCUCGUCAGCAAAGAUACAAUGAAGAUGACAACACAUUGAUAGAUAACUACGCUAGUGCAAACAAGAGUGCAAUUAAUAGCCAAACAUUGUCUUUCAAAAAAAGCGAAAUUGAUUCAAAGCUAUUCACGAUUCAGCAUUUUUGGGGUCCUGUCACUUAUAACCCACACCAUUUUACAGAAAGAAAUCAAGAUUAUCUCUGCAAUGACUUUAUCAAUCUGUUUCGAGGCAGUGCAUAUACUUCUCCUAGCAGCAAUGGGCUUGUAGUUUGCUUGUUUGAUAAUCAAAUCUUAGGACACGAUGAUGGUACUCGAAACCGAGUUUCUUCUCAGCAACAAGGUAUUCGACCGUUAAGCUCACCCACAAGAUCUGGAGACAACAAGGCUGCUGAUAUCAAAUCUAUCCUCUCCCACUCGCUGCAAUCUAAUGUUACUACUAUGGCUGAUCUUUUGGUGACUGGUAUGACUGAUUUGACACAGGCCCUUUCAAGCACACUUGUCUGGUCUGUUCUUUGUAUCCGUCCUAAUGAUCUAUCACUACCUAAUUCAUGCGAUGUCAAAAAACUAGCUUCACAGGUAGCUGGCUUCCAUCUAUCGGACUUGACCAAGCGAAUGAAGUGUUAUUAUACGACUAGCUUUGAUCUCGAAGAGUUCUGGAACCGAUAUCAUAUCUCACUUCCUAUCACAGUCAAUGCGGCCAUUGAUUUAAGUUUACCUGUACGAGCAAGAUGCCUUUCAAUAGCAACUUUGAUGGACUGGGACGAAACUUGGAUUCAUGUUGGGACAAGCAAGAUCUAUCUAUCAAAUCAUGCUUUUAGAAUUUUAGAAGAUGACUUGAGAAGCUUAGAAAAAACCGAAUCCAAAAAGAUAAAAAUGAACACAAAGUCAGUUGAUGGCUAUUCUCUAAACGAAGACGGCUUAUCGUAUGCAAUGUCAGAAGAUGAUUAUAUGAAUGAUUCUGGACUACAUGACUAUACAGGGUCUGAUGUUUUUUCUCAAACAACACUCGAAAACAGAAAAUCAAGUACGUUGUUCAUAUCAAAUCAAAUGCAAGCACAAGAUCCAGCUUCAAAUGAGAUCAAACAUCAGGAAGAAGAGGAAGAAGAAAAACAACCUCUCAGUAGUGUACGUCGUAAAUGGAUCAUGUUUGUCUGGUUCUUGACUUGGUGGAUGCCAUCUCCUGCUCUAAGUCAUUGUGGAGGCAUGAAACGUGCUGAUGUUCGACUUGCCUGGAGAGAAAAAGUGACGCUUUGUCUACUGAUCUUUUUACUUUCAGCAGCCAUGGUUGUAUUCAUCAUCUUUUUUGGUCCUUUGAUUUGUCCUCACCAAGACGUCUAUUCUCUUUCUGAACUACAGAGUAAGUCCGACAAGGACAGCGCUUAUGUAGCUAUCCGAGGCGAAGUCUUUGAUCUGACUCGAUUUGCUCCUCAUCAUUGGGCGACUGAAGUUAUACCUGAUAGCGUAGUUUAUCAAUAUGGAGGUAAAGAUGCUACCAAUUUAUUUCCAGUCCAAGUCUCUGCCCUUUGUGACGGUAUCACAGGCCGAGUACCUGAAGAAGUUGUGCUCGAUUUCCAAGUGAACUUGACAGAUCCCAAUGCUGCUUAUCAUGAUUUUCGAUUCUUCACCAAUGAUUAUAGACCUGAUUGGUAUUUUGAACAAAUGGUAUACCUGCGCAAAAAUUACCGUUUAGGGUUUAUGGGCUAUGAACCUUCUGACAUACUGAGACAAGCAACUAACGAACGAAAUCCGGGCGAUGCCUCCAGUUCAAGUACGGCACAUCGAAACUGGGCUAUUUUACAUGGUGACGUAUAUGACCUGACGAACUAUCUGAUGGGUGGAAGAGCUCCUCGUGUCCCUGAAGGCAUGGCGACACCUACAAAUAUUGACUUGAACUUUAUGGACAAUAGUAUUGUACAGCUGUUUCGGCAAUUGGCUGGAACAGACAUUUCCAAGCAUUUUGAUGUCUUGCCCAUCUCUGAAGAACUUAGGACACGUCAACUUGUCUGUUUGCGAAAUUUGUUUUUUGUAGGCAAAGUAGACACAAGAAAAUCAGCUCAGUGUCAAUUCUCUGAAUACUUUUUAUUGAUCAUCACUGGCUUCUUGUGUGCUGUUAUCUUCUUCAAGUUCUUGGCUGCUUUACAAAUGAGUUCAUUUAGAGAACCAGAAGAAUAUGACAAGUUCAUUGUAUGUCAAGUCCCUUGUUAUACUGAAAGUGAAGAAUCCUUAAGAAAGACAAUUGAUUCAAUCGCUGUCUUGCGCUAUGACGAUAAAAGAAAACUGCUGUUUUUGGUAUGUGAUGGCAUGAUUACCGGUAGCGGCAAUGAUCGAUCUACACCUCGUAUUGUACUUGAUAUUCUCGGCGUCAAUGCCAAUGUAGAUCCUGAACCGCUCUCGUUUCUGUCGUUGGGUGAGGGCCUUAAACAACAUAACAUGGCAAAGAUUUAUUCUGGCCUAUACGAAUGCUGUGGCCAUGUUGUUCCGUAUGUCGUUGUGGUCAAAGUAGGUGCUCCUCAUGAACACCAAAAGCCUGGUAAUCGGGGCAAACGUGAUUCGCAAAUGGUCUUGAUGCGCUUCAUCAAUAAGGUUCAUUUUCAAUCGCCCAUGACACCUAUGGAACUCGAAAUAUAUCAUCAAAUCAAGAACGUCAUUGGUGUAAGUCCUGAUUUUUAUGAGUUUGUGUUGAUGGUGGAUGCAGACACAGAAGUGUUGCCUGACUCAUUAAAUCGUAUGGUUUCUUGCUUUGUUCAUGAUUCUAAGGUUAUUGGUCUAUGUGGAGAAACGAAGCUAGCAAACGAAAAAGAUAGCUGGGUGACUAUGAUCCAAGUAUACGAGUACUACAUUUCCCAUUUUCUAUCCAAAGCCUUUGAAUCUUUGUUUGGAUCUGUUACUUGUUUACCUGGUUGUUUCUGUAUGUAUCGUAUUCGUUCACCGGGUGGCAAAAACCAACCCUUGUUGGUGAGCAAUCAAGUUAUUGACGAUUAUGCAGAAAAUAGAGUUGAUACUUUACAUCAAAAGAACUUGUUGCAUUUGGGUGAAGAUAGAUACUUGACUACCUUGAUUCUCAAACAUUUCCCGACUUAUAAAACCAAGUUUACUGCUGAUGCUUGUUGUUUGACCAAUGCGCCUGACAGUUGGAGUGUUUUGCUUUCUCAGAGACGUCGAUGGAUCAAUUCAACCAUUCACAACUUGGGUGAAUUAGUUUUUUUACCUCAGCUAUGUGGGUUCUGUUGUUUCUCAAUGCGGUUUGUAGUGAUUUUAGAUCUGCUGAGUACAUUGGUUAUGCCUGCUGUUGUUUGCUAUCUAGGGUUCCUUAUCUACAAGUUGGCUACGAAUGCAGGUCAAGUGCCUUUUAUUUCGAUUAUUACAUUAUGUGGUGUAUAUGGUCUACAGGCCAUUAUUUUCAUUGUUCGAAGAAAGUGGGAACACAUUGGUUGGAUGAUUGUCUAUAUCCUCGCUAUUCCUCUCUUCUCAUUCUUUAUACCCAUUUAUGCCUUUUGGCAUUUUGAUGAUUUCUCUUGGGGAAACACGCGUCUUGUUCUAGGAGAAGAUGGACAAAAGAAGGCUUUACCCGUGGAUGAAGGCAAAUUUGAUGCUAGUACUAUUCCACUCAAGAAAUGGAACGACCACGAAAACGAAUUGUGGGAGACUGGAUCAGCAGAAACAAAAGGUACUACAAUUACUUCAUCCAGCACUAGACGUACAAUACCUAUGACACCAUUGCCCAUGAUAAACACUUUGUAUAAUUAUGAUAAUACAAGUGUUCGUUACUCUCAUCAAAAUUUGACUCUUGGUGCUACUCCUCCUCCUCUUCCAACUUCUGUGUUCAAUCAUGGAUCUCUUGCUUCUGUCUAUAGUGAACACUUGAAUAUGGAUUAUUAUCCUACAGACGAAGAAAUCAAACGGCAAGUACAACGUAUUACAUCAACAGCGGAUCUCAUGACAGUGACGAAAAAGCAAGUCAGAGAGCAGCUAAGCCGACAUUUUGGUAUCAAUAUGUCCUACAAGAAAGACUAUAUUAAUUACUGUAUUGAAGAAGCAUUAAACUAUUCUUAAUUUGAUCAUCGAAUUCUAGUGUAAUCAUAAUAAAACAUACCUUUUAUAUCAGAGAGAAAAAAAGAGUGAGAAAUAGACUAUGUUGUACAAAAUCACAAGAGAGACAAAAAAGUAACUACCCGUGCGUAUAGUG